CAAAAGUGCGUCUUGAUGACGUUAGUGUUCAGCAUUACAAGGACUGUUGCAGGGUAGAGGGGCUUGUAAAGCUAAUUUGUAUGCUGUGGGGAUUUCAGCUGUGACAGCAUUCAAAACAAACACGGUAAACAAGUUUCUACUGCAAGAGGGUUGUGGUUGUAAAUCAGCAGGGGCCUCAGCAUGGAGCAGGAGAAGAAUGAUGGGAUAAACAAAGACACAGUCCUUCCACUUCCAAUUCAGCAGAAUAGACCCGCUCUGUCAUGUGGAUUAAAGAUCAGGAAAAUGAUGAAAACUGUGCCUCCUUGUUUGGGGAAGUUCAGGCCAGUUGUGGGCCAGUGCUGCCACCAGUGCACCCCAGACAGUCUGAGCAAGAAGCUUGGACAAAACUAUUCCCUUGGUUUCCACAACCUGCUGAGUGUCAAUGAGACACAAACCAGGUAUCGAGGCUGGCUGGUGCGGAGGGUGUGCUGUGCCCUGUUUGUGAGUGGGUGCAAGGUUUACGGCAGUCCUGUUAGUGGCAGGCUUGAGCGAGUCUGUCAGAGUCACAGGGUGAAGAAGGCGCUCACAGCAGAGCACAAAGCACCUGAGGGGGCAGACGGCCACGGGCAGCUAGAUUGUCUCUCACCAUUCCUCCCCCUCAUUAACACCUGCAUCUCCUCUGGCGUCUUAAGAUUCGUGUGCUGGGCGAUGCUGAAGAUGUUUGCUUCUGUGUUCGGCAGCAUUCAAGUUAACCUCAACCAUCUGUCGGCUUUACACAGAGCCUCACAAGAGGGAUCUCUGCUGGUUUAUGUGUACGUGCGUCAGAGCGCCGUGGACUGCGCUCUCAUCCCUCUCGUGCUCUUCUAUCACAGCCUCAGAGUCCCGUACACUGUUUGUCCUCUCCAAAUUAAGAACGCCUCCCUAAGAUCCAUCCUGCAGAAAGUAGGUGUAGUCCUCCUGCCACCCUCUGCACCUACUGAGGAGGAUGCUGAGAUGGACACGUUGUACCAGUCUGUCAUGACUGCUCUGGUACGUGAGCUGCUACAUGAGGGCCAGGCAAUAAGUAUUGGUGUGUCAGAGAGGUCUGGCCUGGGUGGCCAGUGGCUGGCUCGCAUCAGGCAGCUCAUCAAAGAGGGAUCUGUCCCCGACGUCAGUCUGGUCCCCGUGGGCAUCUCGUACGAUUGUGUACCCAAGACCUACAUUCAGGUGGAUGUUGGGUUGAGAUCUAUCUUCCAGUGGUUGUGGUGCCUUUUCUGUUGGAGGCCAGAAGGAAGUGUGAGGAUUCACCUCGCCCAGCCCUUUUCUGUCAAGGAGAUGUGCGAAUCAGGCAGGUGCAGAGUAGAUGAAUGGCUCCCUCUACAGGACCUGUUGCUUCCUGUUAUCCUCAACAACCGCGCUGGCAGUGCAUUCGGGCAGAGGAGAGUGUCGUGGCUCCUGCCGUCUUCUUAUUAUGCAUCUGAACUUCAAGAGCCAAGUCGGUCGGAGAGAAACCUCAGCAUUGCCAUCAUCCUCCACCUCAUCUUCUCUGCAACUUCCUGCAUGGCUGUGAUGCCCACCAGUCUUAUGUCCAGUCUUCUGCUGUACAAACAUCGCAAGGGUGUAAGUACAUCUGUUCUGUGUCGUGAUGUGGCUUGGCUCACAGAGGAACUUUUGUUCAGGAACAAAGACGUCGGCUUUGGGGGAAGUUUGACAGAGGUUGUCCACUACUCCCUGUCUCUGCUCGCCCCUCACCUCAUCAUAGCUGCUGCUCCAUCCAAGAAAGACCCAUUGAUUGUGCCCUGUCCUUCUCUUGCUGCCACACUUCACCUCUCCUACAUGGCAAAGACGGUCACACACGCCUUUAUUUCGGAGGCUGUUGGGGCGUGUGCGGUGUCAGCCAUGCUGUGCGAGGUGGCUCACAGUGGCGUCAGCAGCAGCGUGCGGAGUGAUGUGGAAGGAGUGGAGGUCAAAGGUGACACGGAGUUUGAUGUGGUGCUCUGCCAGUCUGAGCUCACUGCAAGAGCCUUGCAGCUCUGCCAUCUCCUGCCUCCGGGCUUCAUGCCACCUUGUCAGUCUUCCCAGAGUUUCGCGCUGGAUGCCAUUGACAGUCUGGUUCGCUGUGGCAUCCUGAUCCAGGAAGAAGUUCCCAGGGAUGUUCCCAUCUGUGAUUUCUGGAAGAAACAGGAGGGUCCUCUGACCUGGACCACUUCUGACGACCCUUAUCACAGCGAUUCUGACUGCGAGGAGCCGGACCUUUGCUCCUAUAAGAUACGACAGCCAAGUCACUGUCCAGAGAUGCUGUUCUUCCUCUGCAGAAUGCUAGCUGGACAUCUCAGGGCGCUAUGCUGGACCACUAUGGGGCUGGAUCUCUUUGAGAUGCCUCUGGCUGAAGCUGAGUUCGUGGCUCAAAUACACUCACAUCUUUGUGACACAGCAAAUAAGAAGAAACAGCACUAUGAGAGCUGCUCAGAGGAGGCGGCGCACACUGCAGUCAGAACACUAAUAGACCUGGGGGUCCUCUUGGAGGAGUGGCAGAAGGGAGGCGUCUUCCUGGCUGUUAGUCCUUUGUUCCAGUUGUCAGAAAACAGGCAGAAACUGCACCGCUUCAUCUCUCAGUACCUCUACAAUUAAUACAUUUAACUGAGCAGCAUGACUCAAGGCUUCAACGCGGCUUUGUUUUCUUGCAGAGUCUGACCUCAUCCUCUGUUUGUAUCAAGGGAGCCCGUUAAAACAGAUGCAUGCUGAGCCAGGACGCUGGUGUCUUUAGGUUAAUUGCAUUUUGAUUUUUCAGUGAUGAGACAUUGAUUUUAAGUUUAUCUUUAGUAAUAGCAUUUGCAUAAAGCCGCAGGAGAGGAGGAUUAUUAAGUCCCUGUAAUCAGUUGUGAGGACUCGCUGUAGGAUGACGCUCGUUGGUACAGUUUGCGCAUCCACGCAUGUUUAUGUUGUAACGAAGGAUGCAUCAAGUUUUGUCUGUUCCAUGAGAAAAUGUUUGUUUGGUUCUUUAUACUCAAAUAAAACUUCCUGUGUCAUCAUGACUUGAA